CAGUGUUUGGAACAAUUUGUUCCAAAUGCUGAGCGACGGAGUACCCCUUUAAGAACUUAAAUUUAAAGCGUACCUGUCAGAUCCCACAAAAAAAAUGUUACUCUACCUAAUUUUGACCAUGUACAUCUAAUGUUUAUGCCUCUAUCACCUAUAUUUAUUAAAAAAAGACCUCUUGUCAUUAGCUCACAGUGUUAAAAAUCCUCUCUGGGUAAGGGGGCGUGCCCCUCCCUUGUGGUGGUUGGAGGUGAUUGAUGUGUCAGCUCAUGCAGCCUUGUCCAUGAGUCAUCAUUUGUCCAUGACUCAUGGACAAACCUGAUGCUGCUGCAGAACUGGUUAGUGUUCCAGUAGGUAUGGGGACCCCCAGUGGUGGGAUUUUCAGGUGUAGUUUUCUUUAUUAAAUACUCAAAAAUUUGGUGAUCGAUAGUGACACCUUGCCUGUCUCUAUGUAUACUUGUGUGCAACAGUCAUUGCUAUUGUGACUUUGGAGAACUGUAGUUGCUUUCUGCUUUCAAAAAGUCACCAAAACCUUUUGUGACCUGUUGUAAUCUAGACAUGGUAACUGAACUCACACCAGCUCACCUUGGAAAAGUGCAAUACCAAUACAACUCAGAUCCCCCAGCAAUGUUUGUAGUAUAACAGAAAAUAUAAAAUGUACAUUUUCCAAAAAGGACUGCCUUAAAGUUUGUUUAUAUUCUGCCUGUUCCACCACUCCAUGUACUCUCAUAGUUUCCUAGGAGUUCCUUAUGCCUAUAACAGCUCUGUUCUAAGACUGUUGGGUCUCAGGUUACACUGGCUGGUUUUUGGCAGGGUGUAGAAAAUUCUACUCAUGCACUUGACGCUGAAGGACACAGAGGACGGAAGGCAGCAGCUGCGUAGCUGUGUCUAUGCUCCUGUACGUGCUUGUAUACCUGCUUGUAGAUCCCUGAAAAAGUGUGAUUAACAGGUCACAAGAUGGCAGAAGCUCACCAAGCUGUGGCCUUCCAGUUCACUGUGACACCUGAUGGAAUUGAUCUGCAGCUAGGUCGUGAUGCUCUGCGACAUCUCUACUUGUCUGGGCUGAUAGCCUGUAGAAAACGCCUGAUCACACUUAAGAGCUCUGUGCUUAGUGGUGUAUAUCCUGCCAGCCCCUCCACAUGGUUUGCUGUUGUAGCUGUGACACUUGGCUCUUUAUAUGGAAAAGUGGAUAUAUCAUUUGGACUUAUCACCAAGAUCAGCAACCUAUUACCUUUACAAUCUGUAACUUCUCCUGAGUCCCGAUCCGUGGCCAGUGCUGUUAUAUUCUCAUCAGGAGUCUGGGUCUCUGGGAUCCUUCUCUACCGUCAGCUUCUGCGCAUGCUUCUUUCAUACCAUGGCUGGAUGUUUGAACCACAUGGAAAAAGAAGUUUAAAAACCAAAGUCUGGGGGGGUUGCAUGAAGGUCAUGGCUAGUCGACAGCCAAUGCUCUACAGUUUCCAGAUGUCUCUACCAAGGUUGCCUGUACCAUCUCUAGGGGGCACUAUAGACCGGUAUCUACAGUCAGUGCAGCCUUUACUGGAUGAGGAAAAGUACAAUCACAUGAAGCAACUGGCAGAAGAUUUCCAAAAAGGCUUAGGACGCAAGCUGCAGAAAUACCUUCAUCUUAAGUCUUGGUGGGCAACAAAUUAUGUCAGUGACUGGUGGGAGGAGUAUAUUUACCUUCGCGGUCGAGGACCAAUUAUGGUGAACAGCAACUAUUAUGCAAUGGAUUUCAUAACUGUGACUCUAACCACAAACCAAGCAGCACGGGCAGGAAAUGCCAUCCAUGCCAUGCUUAUGUACCGUAGAAAACUGGAGAGAGGCCUCAUACCACCAGUCAUGGCUCUUGGCAUUGUCCCUUUGUGCUCAUAUCAAAUGGAGAGAAUGUUUAAUACAACAAGGAUUCCAGGAGUGGAGACCGACCGCCUCCAGCAUCUGGUUGAGAGCCGCCAUGUGUGCGUGCACCACAAAGGUCGCUACUAUCGUCUAUGUCUAUAUGAUGAUCGAACACUCCUCAGCCCACGCCAGUUGCAAACACAAAUUCAGCGCAUUCUAGAUGACCCAAGCCCAACACAACCGGGUGAGGAGAAGCUGGCUGCACUCACAGCAGGGGACCGAAUGCCUUGGGCACAGGCUCGGGCUAAGUUCUUCAGUCAUGGUGUGAAUCGGGUCUCUUUAAGUAGCAUUGAACGAGGUGUCUUCUUUAUCAGUUUGGAUAGUGAAGAAGGAGGAUAUCAGGAGAAUGACAAAAACUCCUUAAGCAUCUAUGCAAAGUCUCUGCUACACGGAAACUGUUACAACAGGUGGUUUGAUAAGUCCUUCAGUCUGGUUGUGUUUAAAAAUGGGAGGCUGGGUCUGAACGCUGAGCAUUCCUGGGCUGAUGCGCCAGUAAUUGGACACAUGUGGGAGUUCAUGUUGGCCACAGAUUGUUUUGAAUUGGGGUACACUGAGGAUGGGAACUGCCAGGGAGAUCCUGGAGUCGCAUUGCCACUACCAUUCAGACUGCAGUGGGAUAUUUCACCCAUGUGUCGAGAGGUCAUUGAAUCUUCAUACCUCACAGCCAAAACACUUGCAGAUGAUGUGGAUUUUUAUUGCCUCCGCUUCACUGAUUUUGGAAAAGGAGUUAUCAAAAAAUGUCGGAGCAGCCCUGAUGCCUUCUUUCAGAUUGCACUGCAGCUUGCCCAUUAUAGGGAUAAGGGUCACUUCUGUCUGACAUACGAAGCUUCAAUGACUCGCCUGUUCCGUGAAGGUCGAACAGAGACUGUUAGGUCAUGCACCUCCGAGUCUUGUGCAUUUGUAAAAGCCAUGGAGGAUCCCAAUGAAACUAAAGAGAAUCGCAUGGCUCUUUACCGCGCGGCGGCAGAGCGUCACCAGCUUAUGUAUCGUUUAGCAAUGACAGGCAAAGGUAUUGACCGCCACCUAUUCUGCCUCUAUCUCGUAUCCAAGUAUCUGGGAACUGACUCCCCUUUCCUUCAGCAGGUGUUGUCGGAACCCUGGAAACUGUCCACAUCUCAGACUCCACAGCAGCAGCUGAAACUAUUUGAUUUAGAGAAAUACCCAGAACACAUUUCUGCCGGAGGAGGAUUUGGACCUGUGGCUGAUGAUGGCUAUGGUGUGUCUUACAUCUUUGCGGGAGAGAAUGUCAUCACUCUGCAUAUUUCUAGCAAAUUUUCCAGCCCUGAAACGAACUCUCAUCGUUUUGGACAAAGAAUCUGCCAGUCCAUGCGUGAUUUGGCUGAACUCCUUAUGGUCCCUGGGAAUAAACGCUGAAACCUGGCCACUUUAUGAGAUCACAUGACACAUCACAUAACUUGUGGUACUUUUUAUUCACUUGAAGGCUAACCUGCUUGUUCUAGAGAAAACAAGAAUGCAAAGUCUUGCAUGUAUAACUGGUGAUAGUGACACAAUCCAUAUGUUGCAGUGGCACGAUCAGUAUAUAUUGUACAUGGCUACUGGUACUUGCACUGAAAAAAAAAUUCUGAAUGGAUGUAAAUAAAUUUUAUUAUG